GCGAUCCCCCGUGUAAGAGUGAGGUGGAGGAGGACAUUCCAGUCCAUCUGACCACAGAAAAUCCCAGUAAGAAGUCUGAAGGAAACAUCAUGUUAUCACUAGAUUGUAAAGAAGAAGAUCAGGAUAAUGUGCCGUGCUCUUUAGGAGAAAACCUUAUUACCUGUCAUGUACAUCCAGGACUCCACAGUACAGAUCUAUCAUAUAAUCCUCCUAAUCAUAAGGAACCUUCUCCUGACCAAUCACAGAUUGUUACCACAAGUACCGGGCAGAAAGGGGGUAAAAGAUUUCAAUGCGGGGAAUGUGAAAAACAAUUUAGAUAUAGGUCACAUCUUUUUAUACACAGAAGUAGUCACACAGGAGAGAAGCUGUAUUCAUGUUCAGAAUGUGGGAAAUGUUUUACAACUAAAUCAAGCCUUGAGGAACAUAAAAUAAUUCACACAGGAGAGGAACUGUAUUCAUGCUCAGAAUGUGAGAAAUGCUUUACAAGGAAAUCAAGUCUUGUUAUUCACGAGAGAAUUCACACAGGAGAAAAGCCAUAUUCAUGUUCAGAAUGUUGGAAAUGCUUUAUAAGUAAAGAAAGUCUUGUUAAACAUAAAAGAAUUCACACAGGUGAGAAGCCAUAUUCGUGUUCAGAAUGUGGGAAAUGUUUUACAAAUAGGUCACAUCUUCUUAGACAUGAGAUAAGUCACACAGGAGAGAAGCCAUAUUCAUGUUUAGAAUGUGGGAAAUGUUUUGUUACUAAAGUCAAUCUUCACGAGCAUCAAAGAAUUCACACUGGAGAGAAGCCAUAUUCAUGUUCUGAGUGUGGAAAAUGCUUUACAAGUAGAUCAAAUCUUGUUACUCAUGAGAGAAGUCACACAGGAGAGAAGCCGUAUUCAUGUUCAGAAUGUGGGAAGUGCUUUACAAGUAAAGCAAAUCUUGUUAUGCAUGAGAGAAUUCACACAGGAGAGAAGCCGUAUUCAUGUUCACAUUGUGAAAAAUGUUUUAGAUAUAGAUCAGGUUGCGUUACACAUGAGAAAGUCCACACAGAAGAAAAGUCAUUCUCCUGCUCAGAAUGUGGGAAAUGCUUUACAAGUAAAUCAAGUCUUGUUUUUCACGAGAGAAUUCACACAGGAGAAAAGCCAUAUUCAUGUUCAGAAUGUGGGAAAUGUUUUACCAAGAAAUCAAGUCUUGUUACUCAUGAGAGAAUUCACACAGGAGAGAAGCCAUAUUCAUGUUCAGAAUGUGGGAAAUGUUUUACCAAUAGAUCAAGUCUUGUUCUGCAUCGCCGAUAUCACAUAGGAGAGAAGACGUGUUGAAGUUUUCAAUAAGAAAAAAAUUAUUUUGAAACUAGAGAAUUCAUGCAGAAAUUUUGUUCCAUGUUCAGAAUGUGGGUAUGUAUCGUGGUGUAAUCGUGGUGUACCAAGUGGCUGUAAUGGCUUUUGGGGAUAUAGUGAUGGGCCCCUUGACCUGCCAUCUUGGUACUCUUAUUACACCCUGGAUAUCAGUAAAAGCAGAAUACACUGCAAUGCAGGAGUAUGAAACAGAUUUUUAGAUUUUCAUUUGUGUUACAAAUCUGCCAUAUGUGAAUUUCCCCCAACAAUAUGCUGAUCAUUUGGACAAAACAUGGAGCAUUGAAUUUUAAUUUUAGGGUUUUAGACCUUGUUCACAUGGGCAAAAUUUACCACUAAUUUAGCAGCAGAAAAUUAUUAUUUUUUUCCCACUGUGUAAUCUACAUUCAAAGUUCCAUUAACAGCUUCCCAUUGACUUCAGUGUAAAAAUUCUCGACCGUGUGCUCAGCCAUGUAUUUUUUUUCCUGUAGCUGAUUUAAAAAAUACUUGAGAAGUGACGUGUUACGUGUUUUAGUUCUAUAGAAGUCAAUGGGGAGGGGUAAAACACACUGAGUAGGAGGAGGGUCUGGAUUGUAUUUGGCAGUGUUUCCAUCACUAAUAAAGACCUGUUUUCAGCUGAUUUUGAUACAGAUUUUUAUGCUGUGGAUUUUUCCUCAGCCUUAGGGCUCGUUCACACAAACGUUUUUUGCGUUCCAUAUACGGUCUGUAUACGGAACCAUUCCACGUAAUGUACUCCGUAUGUC